UUGAUGUAAAGGAAUGUCAAACUUUACCAAACUUUAUCUGCAGUAAUUCUUGAUUUUUAACCCAAGUUUUGAUAUUCAAAGCUUAUAUGUUAAUACUUUGAUACAUUGGAUUGCUCGUGGAUGGAAGAUUUGGACAAUAUCGAGGAUUGUUGUCAUGUGAUUUGUGAGCUAUUGUCUUCAUGAAGCUUUAAAUAAUAUCUCUAUGGAUUAGAGGAUCAAGGUUAUAGAAAUAUGGAUCCUUUAUCUUGGAGCAAUGAUAAAUCCACAGGGUAUCAGAAAGAGAACAGCCCGCCAGGUGCGUCGGAUGUUCACGAGAAUCCAGGUGCAAAACUAUUAGCCACAGCUGAUGUCCUGUCUUUAAAUAAUUCAAAUCAAGGACAAACGGCUGCGUUCAAGCCUUUCCAAGAAAAUGUUAGAAAACUUGACGAUAAUAUAGUUCAACAGCUACAACAACCUCUUCAACCAAGGAACAGCCUUAUCCAAACAAACAAGCAAAAUGAAAAAGUUCAACCAGAGUUGUUAAAGAAAUUUAGACAACUACGUCAAUGGCAGCAGCAACAACAAGAGAGCAUGUAUAAACAACAACAGGAGCAAAUGGCAACCCUCAAAAUGCAACAAGAAAAGCUACAAUUGCUGUACCAGAAGGCUGUGGUUAGUACUGGAUCACCUAGCACAACAGCUAACGGUCCUGGAGACUGUCAGAGAACAGGCAAGCCAUCUCCGUUCAACAAUACAAAUGGAAAAGAAAUAAAUGAACAAAAAAGUAAUACCUCAAUGGAAUCAUUUUUCAAGUCUUUAAAAACCCAAGAAAAGAUAGAAACAUCUUUGGUUAAUCCAGCUUCGUAUGUUGGACAACAAGACAUCUAUCACAUACAGGGAUCGCCACCUAGUAAUUCCUGUGCACAAAGUCCUGUACUAAUGACUCCAAUGCAGUUCAUGAGUCCAACUUCUUACAGUAGACCUCAUAUUUGUAGUCCUGAAGAUUUUGGUCUGAGUGGACCUACUAAUCCUUUAAUGCAGCAGAAUGCCCUGAAUCAAUCUCCCAAUCAAGCACUACAGAGAAAAAUUCCAGAAUAUGAGAAAGAAAGAGACUAUGAUGCAAUGUCCUUAGAGGAUCAAAGUGAUCUCGAAUCUCAACCUGAUUACCAAUCUGAUUGUGAUACAAUGAGUGGGGUUUAUCCCAUCGAAGAUGAUGUCUCUGAAACCUGCAGCACAGAGAUAGAGAAUGAGCAAAGAAGAAAGGAUGUUGAAGAAGAAGAAGACCAGAGUGAUGAAGAUGGGAAUUCAGACCUGGAAAAUACUGUCCGUGAAAGGGUGGAUCCUGGUCAUACCAAGGCUGCAAUGAAUGAUGAAGAACGUCCAAUCAACCCUGGAAUAGGUGCUGCUAAAGCUACUACAUUUGAAGAACUCUUGGAAAGAGAACUGUCAAAUGAACAGAACCAAGGUACACGACAAAACUCUCCAAGUCCAGUCAAACCACAAAAGAAAUUCCUAAGAAAAGGUCAAGGCUUAGCACGAUUCAACAUGAAGCCAACAAACCUAAACAAACAAAAAACUGUCAAUCAAAAACCAUCUUCAGGCCUUCCUUCAUUACAGCAGGUGUCAAGAACGCAUAAAGAAGAAAGAAAUAUAAUGAAUAAUCCUCCUGUUAGACAAGAACCUAAGGGGUCUUCUAAACAGCUGCUGGCUGUACCUCAAAACAAGGUUCAAAGGAAGAUUGCUGGGAGAACAGCACCCUCUGCACCAAGCAAUCAACUUCCUAAGCCAUCUUCCCAGGCUUAUGGUUCUAGUGUGCUAGCAUCACGUGUUAUUGGACCAUUCAGCUCUUUGGCUAAUGGCAUACCUAUCACCAAGACAACAGGAGCUGUUACCAAGACAACAGGAGCUGUUACCAAGACAAAAGGAGCCGUUACCAAGACAACACUCACCUCUGUUAGGAGAGAUGGAUCACCCUUACUGUCUCCUCUUACCAGUUUAGAUCUUUCCUUUGACAAACAAGAAAAAGAAUGGGAAGAAAUAAAAGAGGAUGAAGACCUUGAGGAGUUUGAAAUGCUUGAACAGGCAGCUGCUAAUGCUUCAUUCUCGUCUAACUCAUCCCUCGUUGUCAAGGUCCUAGAAAAGGCGAGGUCACAAAAGCCAGGACAUCAAACUGCUUUUGUCAGGAAAAUGGAGAAUAUUGUUACAACAAGCAGAGAUUCCCAGGUGMCCAGUAUCCUAAGUCCUGUAGACACAGGCUAUGGCAGUGGAGAAGGAAGGGGUAGCGGCUCAGUUAUUGUUGGUAGUCAGGCAGGCAGCAUGUCGUCUGUUGAAGAUGCCAGCACAACAGACAAUGAAAGCAAUGAAGAAGAAGAAGACGAUGAUAACGAUACCACAUUACAAGAGAUAGACUCAUAUGACGAUGAAUCCUCUUCCCCUGGCACUGAUCAACUCCCCCAUCAUAUGAACCAACCUCAACAUGGAUCUUGUGCUCCAGAGGCUUCAGUACAAUCGUCAGUUCCUGCAUUGACGUCACCAGAUGAAUUCGAUGACCAAGAAGCCUGGGGAGAGAUAAAAGCGCAAACGAACCAAAAUGACACCGACAGUGAUGAAGACAGCGAUGAUACUGACGUCACCAUUAUUGACAUAUUUCCAUUAAACACUUCCCUGAAAACGAUUAUACCACGUGAUUCAACCAACAGAAGUGAAUAUCAGCAAACGAGUAGUCCUGGUAACAAGAGUGACGUCACGUCCACUCCUCCGACCUCUGCACUGGUGUCAAAGCUUUUCCCUAAACUAAAACCAAAGCCGAAGGUUGAAGAAAACCAAGUCAACAACCCACCUACUGUCCCUGUUGUAACAGACAGUGGACCAUGCAGAGAAGUUCAAGAGAAACUAAAAGAACUCGAAGAAGAGAUCAGCAAGUUCCGUACUGAGAACAAGGCGUUGGCCAAGAUAAGAAACGAACGAGACGAGGGUCUAAAGAGAUUCCAGAAAGAAAUCGAUUCGUUCGAAAAACAGAAGACAGAGGAAUUAGAGCGUCUCGAGAAGUUCAGAGAAGAAGAAAUGCAGAAGCUACGACGAGAACGAAGGACAUUUGAAAAGUAUCAAAAAGCGACCAGAAAUAAUCCUGAUAAAAAAGAGCGCGAAGAGAUAGAAGCACUACGAUCACAGGCAGCAGAGUUGCAAGAGGAAAUAAAGCGUCGUGAAUCUCGAUGGUCAGCGGCAAGUUCUCGGUAUCGUAGCCGAAUCGAGGCUUUGGAAGAACAGAACAAAGAGCUCCAGGAAGAAGUGAAAUUACUGGAAAAAUAUCGACUGGAAAAAUGGAGAAAUGACGAAAUGAAGGCUAAGGAGAACGAAGAAGCAAAGCCAAGAGAUGUGGCGCUCCGUAAGACCAUAAAACCUGCAGAACCAGCUAGGAACGAAGCCCUCAACCAUCCACUAAACUAUGAAGUGAUGCAAAAAGAGGAAACUAUCAGACAAACACCGCAGUACAAGCCAAGCCCUCUGAAAAGCCAUGAAAACACAGCGAUAGAUAUGAACAAUAACAAUAAGACAAUAGCGAAUGACUCGACCAGUAAACAGUCACCCCGAGGUAAAAGCAUGGUAAAUACAAGCGAUGCUGGCCCAAAACAAUCAGAGAGUGGAGAACAGUUGAAAAGCAAAAACAAUAUCACAGGAAUUGCGUCAGUUAUUCCUGGAAUGAAGAGACUGGCUUUACAAGAAAUUGAGCACCCGGAUGGCAAGGUCGAACAUGUAAAGCCUGAUGGGUCACGUGUCAUAAUGUUUUCUAACGGCACAAGGAAAGAGAUCAGUACCGAUGGACAGACUAUUAUCGUGUCUUUCUUCAAUGGAGACAUCAAGCAAGUUUUCCCUGACCAGCGAGUGGUGUACUACUACUCUGAUGCCAAAACAACACACACAACAUAUCCAGAUGGACUGGAGGUUCUGCAGUUCCCAAAUAACCAAAUCGAGAAACACUACGUGGAUGGAACCAAAGAAAUCAUCUUUCCAGAUCAGACCAUCAAGUACUUGUACGUCGAUGGCACUGAGGAAUGCGUGUUUGCGGACGGUACCAUCCAGCGCAUGCGUGCUGGAGACGGAGAAAGAAUUAUAGAAUUCCCCAACGGCCAAAGGGAGGUCCACACCAAACACUAUAAGAGACGUGAAUAUCCAGACGGUACCGUCAAGACAGUUUACCCUGAUGGAAGAACAGAAACAAGAUACAGUACAGGAAGACUACGCAUGAAAGACCGUGAUGGGCGUGUCCUCGUGGACACCGCUGAACGACUACUGCAAGAAUAAAGCGGGUUUUUCACCGUAUGAGUGGGAACGACAGACUAUGUUUUCUUAGUGGGAAGCGAUGAGAUAAAUUCGUAGGACUUCGUACUUUAGCCGAGUCGUAUUUUGCGGUAUCCGURACUGGAUAAAUAUAAUUAAAGAUAGCUGAAGUCUUUUCUAUGUUUUAAUCGUUUCCUACUCAUAUAAAAACCGCUACAGUACCUGUAAAUAUCAUAURAAUAUCUCUAUAAUUUAGACGAACAAGGAUAAAUAAAUUAUUUAGCUUCAAUGGUAUGUACAGAUCGUAAUUUAUAAAACUGCAAUAUAAAGAGUGCAUCACCAUUUCCACUUUCGCGCUACAUCGUUUUUAAAAUGUAUCAGGAUAUAACCAGAAGUCGAAUCAAUAAAUACCAUGAAUGAACCUUGUUUUCCCUCCGUAAUAUCAGGAUAUAUGAUACCAUUUCCAUCCAGUAGUAUUGGGAUAUUCGGUACCAUUUCCAUCCGGUAAUAGCAGGAUAUUUGGUACAAUUCCAUCUAGUAAUAUCAGGAUAUUUGGUACCAUUUUAUCCAGUAAUAUCAGGAUAUUUGGUACCAUUCCAUCCAGUAAUAUCAGACUAUAUGGUACCAUUUCAUCCAGUAAUAUUAUCAGGAUGUUUGGUACCAUUUCAUCCAGUAAUAUCAGACUAUAUGGUACCAUUUCAUCCAGUAAUAUCGGGA